CCUGCUACACCCUGCCGACAUCUUCCACGGACACCCGUGGAUGUGUUGCUUCGGAAUACAUCUCCCAGAACCCCACGCGUCUCUCAUACGUGAGGGUGUAAAGUCCAGGAUAUAUACAGUAGGUGGUCGAUGGAAACAACGUCUCGUGGUGCCGGGUCGCGAAUUUUUGAAUAACUGAACGGUAAUUUGAGGAGGACGUUUGCACUUUGUUAGAUAGCAUUGCUCUGAAUGCCACAGAGGAGCGAAAGUAGCGAGCUGGAAUAGUAUGUUAAGGAAGAAAAAUAUCAGCAGCUUGGUGACAAUGUGGCUAAUAUCUUGUCUGGUAAUUGGUUAAACGGGACAGGUGUGACGUUCGCUGACAUAUCGUAAAAGUGCUGUUAUCUGCCAAAGGAUAACAGUACAGGCAUUCAUUGUUAAACGUUAUCUGUCAAUAACUGACCGUUUGAUAGAUACCAAGAUAUAUAUUUUGCAUAAAGGGUCGUUUAAUUUCAAAUUUAAUUUCCUCAUGGCAAAAGAACAAUGCAUAUCACAACGGAACAAAACAGGCGACUCUUCAACACUACGAAACCGCAAAAUACAAGCCUCAAACACUCCUGUGUCAAAGCACAAAAACAGUGAAAGAGCUGGACUCCUGUCAGAAGAUGACACCAAGUCCUCCAACGGUUCAUCUGCUCAUUUUUCCCCGAGCGGAAAAGAUGACUCUCCAAGCAAAGCUCUGCUGCUACUGGUGGUGGGACUGUCUUUCUCUACUCGCCUCUACAAGAUAUCAGAGCCCGCUCAUGUGUGCUGGGACGAGACGCACUUUGGAAAGAUGGGGUCCUACUACAUCAACAGGACCUUCUUUUUCGACGUCCAUCCUCCUCUUGGAAAAAUGCUUAUAGGGCUCGCUGGCUACAUGACUGGCUACGAUGGCACCUUUCCUUUUGUGAAGCCAGGGGACAAAUAUGAACAUCACAGCUACUUGGGGAUGAGAGUGUUCUGUGCCGUCCUCGGCUCUUUUCUGCCAGUGUUUGCCUACCUCAUAGUGCUGGACCUUUCUCAGUCUCACACCGCUGCUCUCAUCACUGCCACCUUUCUCAUAUUUGACAUUGGUUGCAUCACCAUCUCCCAGUACAUCCUGUUAGAUCCGAUACUCUUGUUCUUCAUCCUGGCAGCAGUGCUGAGUAUGGUCAAGUUCAACCAGCAGAGAUACAGGCCUUUCUCUGCUUCCUGGUGGUUUUGGCUUGGCCUCACCGGUGUAAACCUCGCUGGGGCUUUGGGAGUGAAGUUUGUGGGUCUGUUUGUCAUUCUACUGGUGGGACUCAACACAAUCUCUGACCUCUGGAGACUUCUGGGAGACCUGAGCCUCUCACUGGUGGACAUUACAAAGCACUUCCUGGCACGCGUCGUUGGACUCAUCCUGCUCCCAAUCUUCCUCUAUGUCGCAAUAUUUGCCAUCCACCUUGUUGUCUUGAACAAGAGUGGAUCAGGAGAAGGGUUCUUCAGUUCGGCCUUCCAGUCCCGUCUAAUCGGGAACAGCCUAUACAACGCAUCCAUGCCUGAGUACCUGGCAUAUGGCUCCAUCAUUACAGUGAAAAACCUCCGUAUGGGUUCAGGCUACUUGCACUCUCACUGGCACUUAUACCCAGAAGAAAUGGGGCCGAGUCAGCAGCAGGUGACAUCCUACCCUCAUAAGGACACCAACAACUUGUGGCUGGUACACAAACAAAACUAUAACAAUUCACAACCUGAGAAGCCUGAUCUGGUUCGUCACGGCGAUGUCAUUCAAUUACAGCACAAAGAAACAACCCGUAAUCUUCACAGUCACUUCCAUGAGGCUCCUAUGACAAAGAAACACUACCAGGUUACAGGCUAUGGCAUUAAUGGAACAGGAGACGCCAAUGACCUGUGGCAGGUGGAGGUGUGUGGAGGUCAGAAGGGUGACCUGGUGAAGGUGCUGCGUAGCAAAGUCCGCUUUAUACACCGAAAUACUGGCUGCGUACUUCUUUCAUCUGGCAAGACUCUUCCAAAGUGGGCCUGGGAGCAGGAAGAGGUGACUUGUAGUCCGUAUCUGAAGGAGACCAUAAACUCUCAGUGGAGCAUAGAGGAAAAUAUCAAUCCUAAAUUGCCAAACAUUAGCCUGACUCUGCUGAAGCCCAGUUUUCUGGAGCUCUUAGUGGAGUCCCACUUUGUCAUGAUAAAAGGUAACAGUGGCUUGAAACCCAAAGAAAAUGAAGUGUACUCAAAACCUUGGCACUGGCCCAUGAACUACCAGGGAUUGAGAUUUUCAGGAUUGAAUGAGACAGAGUAUCGUGUUUACCUGCUGGGAAACCCUGUGAUCUGGUGGAUAAAUCUUGCCAGUCUGGGGUUGUAUCUCAUCAUGGUGUCAGUGGCAUCUAUAGCCACCCAAAGAGGCUUCUCACUGGGCCAAAAAAGAAUAGAGCAUUGUCAGGUGCUUAUGAGCGGAGGAGGGAUGCUGCUCAUCGGUUGGCUGCUUCAUUAUGCACCUUUCUACGUAAUGGGCCGCGUCCUCUACUAUCACCACUACUUUCCUUCGUUGAUCUUCAGCACCAUGCUAACAGGGGUUACAUUAGACAUCCUGUUGAAAAGUGCUGACCUGCUACUCCACCCACCUUAUUGUGAUUGGCUCCAGAGAUUCGGGCUGGCGGUUCUUCUGUUUAGUGUUCUCUACGGCUUCUACCUGUUCCAUCCGCUGUCGUACGGCAUGACUGGUCCUCUCGCAGAUGAUCCGAACAGCACCAUGGCUGGUCUGAGGUGGUUAGACACCUGGGAGUUCUAGUCAGCUCCGCAUGAAGAUGUCACUAUUGAUCUGGUGUUAACUUAUACAAGGGAUUUUAUUUAAUUAUGUCUCGUAGAUCUAGAGUGUUUGCACCGUAGGCAGUAUAAAUAUUUAUUUAUACAGUCCGUGGUUUACACACACACAGGAGCCAUUUUUUAUAAGGUACUAACUGAAUCUCCACAAGUAUUUGUGUCCUAUUUACAUUUCUGGAUGUAGUCUGUCAUGUGUAAAGAAUACUUGGUAAGACACACCUGAAACACUACAAUAUGGAAGCCAGAGUUUAGUGGGCUGUUUAAGAAUAAUUAUUUAAAUCAUAAAUAUGUUAAUCAUCACCAAGAUGCCUUACCUGACAACGUAACUUCCAUCCCAGACUUAGUGUGUACUGUGUUUCACUAGCCUGACAUCACCAGACUCAAUUCCACUUUCUGACACUAAAGAUUUGUAGGUAUUUGGUCUAGUUGGUCUGGCUUCGGGCUAGUAUUUCUCAACAGUAAGCUUAAGUGCCUGAAAGGAGGUAGUUAAAAUAAAUGUGAAAUCUAAAUCUCCCCGAUUGUCAGUUUUAAAAAUUUAUUACACUAUAUUGAUUCAAGCUGUGAGAGACUGUAUUUUCUUUACGAAUUUUAGUAUUGCAUUGGCCAUUAGCUCUGCCCAGCACUGGCUUCUGUUUUUACUCCAUAAGUCUGCUACUACUGACUGCGUGUUUACAUUUCUGUGUGUUCAAUAAACAAUGAUAUUCUUGUA